GCAUGGAGGGAAACACGGUGCGGAGGAGGGGCCGCGGUGCCCACCGGAGAUCCCGGCCAUAGGGGCGGGGAGUCUCCUCCUCCUCCUCCUCCUCCUCCCGCAGCGAGGCUCCAGCUCCCCGCACGCACCGGAGCGCUCGGCUCCCUCCUCCUCGUCCCUCCUCCCUUCCCCUCCUCCCCGCUUCCCUCCCCGGGUCGCCGCGGCUCCGGGAGGAGCGGGGGGGCCCCCGCUUCCUUCCCUCCCCCCUUCCUUCUCCCACCCGCCACGCCGAGGAGAGGCAGAAGCAACGAUGGGGUGCAUUAAAAGCAAAGAAGGUAAAGGCCCAGCCAUGAAAUACAGAACUGAAAAUGCUCCAGAACCUGUUAUUUCCCAUGUCAGUCAUUAUGGAUCAGAUUCCAGCCAAGCAACACAGUCACCGUCAAUAAAGGGAUCAGCAGUUAAUUUUAAUAGUCAUUCCAUGACUCCUUUUGGAGGGCCUUCAGGAAUGACACCUUUUGGAGGAGCAUCAUCUUCAUUUUCAGCUGUGCCAAGUACAUAUCCUAGUACUUUAACAGGUGGUGUUACUGUAUUUGUGGCCUUAUAUGAUUAUGAAGCUAGAACUACAGAUGACCUUUCAUUUAAGAAAGGUGAACGGUUCCAGAUAAUAAAUAACACGGAAGGAGACUGGUGGGAAGCAAGAUCCAUUGCUACGGGAAAGACAGGCUACAUCCCAAGCAAUUAUGUAGCUCCUGCAGACUCCAUUCAAGCAGAAGAGUGGUAUUUUGGUAAGAUGGGCAGGAAGGAUGCAGAAAGGCUACUUUUAAAUCCUGGGAACCAGCGUGGUAUUUUCUUAGUAAGAGAGAGUGAAACCACUAAAGGUGCUUAUUCCCUUUCUAUACGUGACUGGGAUGAGGUCAGAGGUGAUAAUGUAAAACACUACAAAAUCAGGAAACUUGACAAUGGUGGAUACUAUAUCACAACCAGAGCACAAUUUGAAUCUCUACAGAAGUUGGUGAAACACUACAGAGAACAUGCAGAUGGGCUGUGUCAUAAGCUAACAACUGUGUGUCCCACUGUGAAACCACAGACACAGGGACUUGCAAAAGAUGCUUGGGAAAUUCCUAGAGAAUCUUUGAGGCUGGAAGUUAAGUUGGGCCAAGGAUGUUUUGGUGAAGUGUGGAUGGGAACAUGGAAUGGAACCACAAAAGUAGCAAUCAAGACACUAAAGCCUGGUACAAUGAUGCCAGAAGCUUUCCUGCAGGAGGCUCAGAUCAUGAAGAAGCUUCGACACGACAAGCUUGUCCCGCUGUACGCGGUCGUUUCUGAGGAACCAAUCUACAUCGUCACUGAAUUCAUGACAAAAGGCAGCUUACUAGACUUCCUUAAAGAAGGGGAAGGGAAAUACUUAAAACUCCCACAACUGGUCGACAUGGCUGCUCAGAUUGCAGAUGGCAUGGCUUACAUUGAAAGAAUGAACUACAUCCACAGGGACCUCCGGGCAGCUAACAUUCUUGUAGGAGACAAUCUUGUGUGUAAAAUAGCAGAUUUUGGUUUAGCAAGGUUAAUAGAGGACAAUGAGUAUACUGCAAGACAAGGAGCUAAAUUUCCAAUUAAAUGGACCGCUCCAGAAGCAGCGUUGUAUGGUCGGUUUACAAUCAAGUCGGAUGUGUGGUCAUUUGGAAUUUUACUGACAGAGCUGGUAACUAAGGGGAGAGUGCCAUAUCCAGGAAUGGUGAAUCGAGAAGUUCUGGAACAAGUGGAACGUGGGUAUAGGAUGCCUUGUCCGCAAGGCUGCCCAGAGUCUCUUCAUGAGUUAAUGAAACUGUGUUGGAAGAAGGACCCUGAUGAGAGACCAACAUUUGAGUAUAUACAGUCUUUCUUGGAGGACUACUUUACUGCUACAGAACCACAGUACCAGCCUGGAGACAAUUUAUAAGCCAGCAGUCUAUAUAACAUGCACAAAUCUGCCAAAUGUAAAAGACUUGCAAAGAAUUCCUGAAGUCUCUAAGGAAUCACAGGAAAGAAAAUCUUCGCUACUUUGCAUGCUCUUAAUGGCAAACUGGAAUUUCAUAAUGCAGUUGCACAAAACCACUUUUAAAGUGUUAUACUCUGAUUUACCAAUGACAUUUUUUUAUUUUUUCCUCUUUCCCAACUUAUUUUCAGGGUCCAAAGGAAGCUUACUGAAAAUAUGGGGCAGAAAAAAUGAGUGUUGGUGUGAACAAUAGCAGAAAAACCAAUGUUUCAAAUCCUUCAUUCUCCCAGUAUUUGCUAAUCAUUGUACUUUUGAGGGAAUUGUCUGGAAUUUGUGAUCUUGGGGUAAGGCCUUUUUAAAGCAGAAGAACUUUGUGGGACCAAGCAAUUCUAUUCCAGUUCAGUAAAACUCCCUGUGUUUAAAACUACAUGUGUGUGCCCCCACCCCCACAAAACAAAAGAUUUGAUUCACUGUAUUUGAUUCAUAGUCUCAAUCUUUAAGCUUCCACUUUCAUGGACUUAAUUAGAGUAGGCAGGUAAAAAGAGAAAUUGGAACAGUGAAUGAGAAACCUGAUCUAAACGGUAGACCUCAAUAGUGAGAUUAGAGAGCAUAAUGCACUGUGUUAAUACUUGUGUUAAUAUAACUGGAAAGUAGCAUGAGAGAUUUUUCCUUUUUUCUUUCUGCAUAGCUAAUUAAGAAUAAUGAAGGUAACUAGAAAAUGAGGUAAUAUUUUAUAAAAUUGUGUUGAUAAAGUAUGAUGAUAUUUGAACUUGAAGCUAUGUAAUACAAUCACAGGGGGAAAGCCUUUAAUCUUUUAAGCUCCAGUGGAACAGCGAGCUUUUGUAUGGGAAGACUACCUGAACAAAGUUCACCAGGAAAGCAAGACUGAAGCUGGUAAAUGGCCACCUUUUAGUUCUUUUUCAGAGACAGGUUUGGUACUGUUGUAUGUGGCUUGCAAGUGUUAUCGAGGGUGGGUGCCACAAGUGCUAUCUGUCACUAGUUCAGGGAUUUGAUUGCACUUUUGCUUUUCUUGGCUAUUAAAACACACACACCAUUGCUCUUCCCACUUCUGCCCUUCCUACAGAAUUAUUUAACUAAAAAUAAGGAAAAGAAAAUGUGAAAGUUUAAAAAGUAAAGGGAUAAAAUAUAUUUAAUAUUGUCCAAGUAAUGAAAUUUGCUGGUGUUCAGCCCAGCUGACACUACAUCUAGAUUUAUUUUCUUUGGCUACUGACAUAUCAAGCAAUAACGUCAUGUCUUUUACUCAACAAUUUGCAUGAGGUUCUUGAAUUUCUGAUCAAGAUUAUGUACUUUAAUUUUUAAACACUCUUACUUAGUUACUGGCUUGGAAUUCAUAUUAUCAUUGUAAAGCUAUCCAACAAAUGAAUUCAGAAGAGCUGGUAAUAUAGUUCUGGUACUAAACUUAACAUUCAUGGGUUUACACUACAUUGAAUCCAACUACCAAACAGAUCUGUGUAGGAACAGUGCCAUGAUUUUUCAUUUUCCCUCAUCAUUGCUCAUCAACUGUACAUCUGUGGUUAUCAAAUUUUAAAAGGGCUUUCUGUAAGAAAAACAAAAACAAAACAAAAAACACAUACACAAAAAACCCAAAAAAGAUGAUGAAAUUUUAAUUUUUCUAAAUAUUUUAAAAUAAUAACACAAUCAUAUGAGUUUAUGUAUUAAUAGUCAUAACAAAAAAUGCCAACAAUGACACUGGCAUUGUAUGGAUUUUUAAUUACUGAAUGGAACAGUUCAUUGUAAUAACACUUGUAUAGUAAAGGAAUAAAACACUAACUUAAUGAACGUGUUCAUUGUAAAUGGUUGUGUAUUAUAAAACUUCUCCAAAAGAGUUUGUAUGUUUAUGAAAAUUUAUUUGUUUCACCUGAAGACCUUGAUGUGGUUCUUACCCUAACAGAGUUUAAAAUUCACAUUCACACUUUUUAUAUAAAUAGUAAUAAGUUUAAUUAUGUAACUAAGUAUUUUUAUAAAGUAUGGCAUUGUUGAACUGUUUUGCAGAAUUGGUUCAAAAUAAAUUUCACCUUGAUUG